AUGGCUAUUAGUAUAUCUCGCGAAAUGAAUCAUCAUCAGGAUAUCAAGCAGCGGCAGCAUUGUUCAUUAUUCAACUUGGAUUUACUUAAUGAUGAUCAUCAACAAAUCGAUCUGACGGAAGAUACUAUUGACAAUUUGAUCCGACAUGAGCAUUGUUGUUCGAUUUCGACACCUAAUGUUGAAAAUGCGUUGGAGAAGAAACAUGCCAAUCAUUCUUGUUCAUUUGCUGUUCUGCAGAAGAAUUACACAACACAACUUGAACAUGUUGCUCAGAAACUACUAGCAAAAGAAGAUAUUUCUUCAAACGACUGUUGUUAUUGUCAUUUGCUACACGAAACGAAUGAUACAAAAGGGCAGUUUCUCAAUGGAAAAAUCCUUCUCGACUCUACCGCAAUACUCGAUAAUUUUCUUCGAAAUAAUCUCAAAAAGUCAUUACUAACAAGUCCAAUGAAUUCCCCAACAACAACAACAUCGUCAACGGCGAUAACAACAAACACAAAUUCAUCGUUUAAAAUUUCAUUUGCUAGUAGUAAUCAACGAAGAUGGCAUUCUGAGCGAACGAAUCGUCAUCCCAACGUUCGUGCUAAUCUACCAUUAACAAUCGCGCAGAGACAAGUUCUCGAACACUAUGCGAACCAUCCACUAGUGAAAGCACCAGUCAGCACUUCUUCAACACAUCGUCGUUUACAUCGGCAUGAACUAAUAACAGGAAAAGUUACAGAAAACACAGGUACCGCUCUUUCCGCCCUUACCGAACAGUCAUUGAAUACAACUACUGUUAAUCUUCACUCACGUCCACUUUCGCCAAGAUCAUCGACAUCAGCUGUAUUGCAUCAUACUAGGCACUAUUUCGUACAAGAAACAAGCACACAUGAUCAAUCGACUAAAGAUGACGAUAAUGAAUCGAUUUCGUCUGAACUCAGUCAAAGCAGUAAUGAUGAUGAAACGACUGAACUUGAUGAGAUAUCAAUUCUACCGAAUCUCUCUACCGUUCAUUUAACGUCAUCAGAGACUUUGAUGGAAUGCGUGAUUUGUUGCGAAUUGAAGCGUCUGCAAAAACGAACCUGCUGUGAGUUUCAUGCCUGCUCAACAUGUCUGAAUACGUAUGUUGAACAACAAAUCAAGCAGGGCAUCAUUCGUAUUCAGUGUCCAAAUCAACAGUGUCACACUUAUAUGCAUCUAGAUGAAAUCAACAAACGAUGUUUAUCUGCAGAAUUACGACAAAAGUUCGCACGACUUUUAAUCGAUAGUAAUCGGUCGAUUAAUAUUAAAACAUGUCCAAGAUGUUCGAAAAUUCAUGAAAUUGAUCUUGGACUUUGCCGAUCGACACGGCAAGCACCAACCAAAGUUCAAUGCGUUGAGUGCAAUCUCAUUUGGUGUUUCCAGUGUCAUUCGCCGUGGCAUGAUGGUAUACAAUGCAAAGAGUUUCGGCGUGGCGAUCGGAUGCUGAAGAAAUGGGCGCGAGAAGUUCAUUACGGACAGCAUAAUGCGCAACAAUGUCCUUCGUGCAAGGUUUACAUUCAACGAACGAAAGGAUGCGAUCAUAUCAUUUGUGCUCGUUGCAAAACCGAAUUCUGUUACAAAUGUGGCGAACGUUUUCGCGAUAUAAAAUUUAUCGGUGAUCAUUACAGUGAAUUGAGUGUACUCGGUUGCAAGUACCGUUUCUAUCCAGAUAAUCCACUGAAACGUCGAUUGAUACGUGGUUCCAUCCUAGGUGGAAAGAUUUUAGCUGCACCGGCACUUCUCUGCAUAGCGGUAGUCGCCGGCGCAGUCUGCGCUGGAAUUGGUCUGCCAGCCUACUGUUGUUUGACGCUUGUUCGACAAAUUAAAACACGACGGCGAAGACGGCAUCAUGCAAAAUUAAAAGAACCAGCUUUGAUGACUUAUAAAACAUUUAAUGACAUAGUUCCGCAAUUGAUUCCACGUGAGCCAAUCAAUAGCAUUGGAAUGAAACCAGGAUUGAGUUCUAUUCGAUCAAACAUACAAGAUAAUCUCGAAAUAGAGAUCGAUCCAACUAGCGAUGCACCCAUCGCUGUAUUUGACGAAUGUGAUAUCAAUACCAAAACGAAUCAAAAAGAACAAAAAUAUAUUUAUAAUGAAAUGAUCUUCUUGAAAUCUCUCACGAAAACGAUUUUGUUUCGUUAUGCCUCAACAUCGUCGACUAUAUUCGCUUUAGCAACUGGCCAACAAUUACGAAGUGGAGUAGCCAUUAUUCGUGUGUCAGGUGCAAAUGCAACUCAGUCAUUGUUAACAUUAACAAAAGAAGCAAACCUUGAGAAAUUUCAACCCACGAAGUUAUACUUAAGAAAUCUUUAUCAUCACAAGUCAAACGAUUUGAUCGAUCAAUGUAUGGCCGUAUGGUUUAAAGGACCAAAAAGUUUCACUGGAGAAAAUGUUGUGGAAUUUCAUAUUCAUGGAUCGAAAGCUGUAGCUAGUGCAAUGUUUUCUAUCCUUGGCUCGUUUCCGAAUUAUCGCUUAGCUGAACCGGGAGAGUUCAGUAAAAGAGCUUAUUUCAAUGGUUGUUUGGAUUUGACAGAAGCUGAAGGAUUGAUUGAUUUGAUCAAUGCGCAAACCGAACAACAACGUAAACAGUCCUUAUACCAAAUGCAAGGCUCAUUGAAAGAUCUCUAUGAACGUUGGAGGAUUGAUCUAGUUAAAUCUUUAGCACAUGCCGAAGCGUAUAUUGAUUUUCAUGAAGAUCAACAUAUAGAAGCAGAUAUCUUAUCCGAGGUGAUCGGUAAAGUCAAGAGUACUCAUGAAAACAUACAUCGGCAUUUACAGGAUCAUCGACGUGGAGAAAUUUUACGUGACGGUUGUCGAAUUGCAAUUCUAGGUGCACCCAACGCUGGAAAGAGUUCGUUGUUAAAUAUUUUGACUCAGAAACCAACCGCUAUUGUUUCACCGAUUGCGGGUACGACUCGUGAUAUCAUUGAAUCAACUCUUGAUAUCGGCGGAUAUCCCGUGAUUCUUUCGGAUACAGCCGGCUUACGAUUAACUAAUGAUCCUGUUGAACAUGAAGGAGUAACAAGAGCUUUCGAUCGGGCACAUUCAUGUGAUCUAUUAAUUGUUGUGAUUGAUGUGAGUGCAUUGUCAUCGAAUGAAAAUCUAAGUGACCAAAUUGAUCAGCAUGUAUCAAAUUUAUUCGCCAUGAAAUCAUCUUCGUUGGAUUCUGUGACUAAAUUAGUUCUUCUGAAUAAAAUUGAUCUGGUGAAUGAAAAACUACAGAUAAAAUCAAAUAAGAAUAUUAUCCCAAUUUCAUGUACCUCUGGUAGAAAUAUUGAUGAAUUUCUCAUAAAGCUAACUGAAAAAAUCGCUGAAAAAUGUUCUGAACCAUCAUUUAGCACGCCUUUUUUAACAAACGAACGUCACCGGAUCUAUUUAACUCAAACCAUUGAAGAUCUUUCAAUGUUUCUAGCAUUGAUCAACAAUAAUCAUGAUCUUGUACUAGCUGUCGAGCAUCUUCGUCUAGCUAUUCGAUCGCUUGGCACCAUCACUGGUGUUGUAUAUACCGAAGAACUACUCGAUGUGAUAUUUCGUGAUUUUUGUAUUGGAAAAUGA